AUGUCCUCAGUGUCAUCUGAAUACACCAUUGGUGGGGUGAAGAUUAGCUUUCCCUGUAAAGCUUAUCCUGCACAGCUUGCUAUGAUGAAUUCCAUUGUCAGAGGACUAAAUAGUAGCCAGCAUUGCUUGUUGGAGAGUCCCACGGGAAGCGGAAAAAGCCUAGCUCUCCUUUGCUCAGCAUUAGCAUGGCAACAAUCUUUUAGUGGAAAGCCGGUGGAUGAGGGCGUGAAUAAAAAAACUGAGGUGCCAUGGACAUGUUGUUGCGCAUGCCAUUCAAAAAAUUUUACGUACAGUGAUACAAACCUGGACACUUCACCUCAUUUCAGUAGUCCAAGCAAACCGUCUUCUGAAAGAAAUGGAGUCUCAUCACCCUGUAGAGACUCUACUGCGAAAACUACUCUGGCUGCAAAGUUAUCUGCCAAGAAACAGGCAUCCACACACAGAGAUGAAGAUGAUGAUUUUCAGGUAGAGAAGAAAAGAAUCCGACCCUUAGAGACUGCACAGCAGAUGAGAAAACGUCAUUGCUUGGAAAAGGACAUUCACCAUGUGGAUGCACAAGUUGCUUCGGAAAAGAGAGUAAAGUCUGAGUCUCCGGUAGGAAAGACAAGUUCCUCUUUCCAAAAUCCUGAUGGCCUCUGUUCCAGGUGUUCUUGUUCUGCUAAACAAGGAAACAAUGAAGAGUCUGCAAAUACUAUUAAGAAAGAUCACGGGGUACAAUCCAAGAGACCCAAAAUUUACUUUGGGACACGCACACACAAGCAGAUUGCUCAGAUUACCAGAGAGCUCCGUAAGACAGCUUACUCGGGCGUCCCGAUGAGUAUUCUUUCCAGCAGGGAUCAUACCUGUGUCCAUCCCGAAGUGGUGGGGAACUUCAACAGAAACGAGAAGUGCAUGGAGUUGCUGGAUGGCAAAAACGAAAAAUCCUGCUAUUUUUAUCAUGGUGUUCAUAAAAUUGGUAAUCAACAGACACUGCAAUUUCUCCAUGGGAUGUCCAGAGCCUGGGACAUAGAAGAACUCGUCAGCCUCGGGAGGAGGCUGAAGGCUUGCCCCUACUACACAGCUCGAGAACUGAUAGAUGACGCUGACAUAAUAUUUUGUCCUUACAACUACCUGUUAGAUGCACAAAUAAGGGAAAGUAUGGAUAUAAAGCUGAAAGAACAAGUUGUCAUUUUAGAUGAAGCUCAUAACAUUGAAGAGUGUGCUCGGGAAUCAGCAAGCUACAGUGUAACAGAAGUUCAACUUAGGUUUGCUCGGGAUGAGCUAGAUAGUUUGGUCAACAGUAACAUAAGGAAGAAAAACCAUGAGCCGCUACGAGAUGUGUGCUAUAACCUCAUUAAUUGGUUAGAAACAAAUUCUGAACAUCUUGUAGAAAGGAGCUAUGAAUCAUCUUGUAAAAUAUGGAGUGGAAAUGAAAUGCUCCUAAACUUACACAAAAUGGGCAUCACCACUGCUACUUUUCCCAUUCUGCAGAGACAUCUUUCAGCUGUUCUUCAAAAAGAAGAGAAAGUCACAUCAAUCCAUGGUUCAGAGGAGGCAAUACAACUGCCUAUUAUUAGUGCUUCAACUCAAAUAAUGCUGAAAGGACUCUUUAUGGUCCUUGACUAUCUCUUUAGAGAAAAUAGCAGAUUUGCAGAUGAUUAUAAAAUUGCUAUUCAACAGACUUACUCCUGGACAAAUCAGAUUGCUGUUCUUGAUAAAAAUGGGGUCUUGGCUCUACCAAAAAAUAAGAAACAUUCACGACAGAAAAUUGGAGUUCAUGUGCUAAACUUUUGGUGCUUAAAUCCAGCUGUGGCCUUUUCAGAUAUUAAUGACAAAGUACGUACUAUUGUUCUAACAUCAGGAACGCUGUCACCCCUGAAAUCCUUUUCAUCUGAGCUUGGUGUUAAAUUUAACAUCCAACUAGAGGCUAACCAUGUCAUCAGUAACUCACAGGUUUGGGUUGGUACGGUUGGCUCAGGCCCUAAGGGUCGGAAUCUGUGCGCUACCUUCCAGCAUACUGAAACGUUUGAGUUCCAGGAUGAAGUGGGAAUGCUUUUGUUAUCUGUGUGCCAAACUGUGAGCCAAGGAAUUUUGUGCUUUUUGCCAUCAUACAAGCUAUUAGAGAAAUUAAGAGACCGUUGGGUUUUUACUGGCUUAUGGCAUAGUUUGGAGUCAGUGAAGACAGUUAUUGCAGAACCCCAAGGAGGAGAAAAAACUGAUUUUGACGAAUUGUUGCAGGUGUACUAUGAUGCCAUCAAGUUCAAAGGAGAAAAGGAUGGAGCCCUUCUCAUAGCAGUGUGUCGCGGCAAAGUGAGCGAGGGUCUGGAUUUCUCUGAUGAUAACGCCCGAGCUGUCAUAACAGUAGGAAUUCCUUUUCCAAAUGUGAAGGAUCUUCAGGUUGAACUGAAACGGCAAUACAAUGACCACCACUCAAAACUGAGAGGUCUUUUGCCUGGCCGUCAAUGGUAUGAAAUUCAAGCAUACAGAGCCUUAAAUCAGGCUCUAGGCAGGUGUAUUCGACACAAAAAUGAUUGGGGAGCUCUUAUCCUAGUGGAUGAUCGCUUCAAUAACAAUCCAAACCGUUAUACAUCAGGACUUUCUAAGUGGGUGCGGCAGCAAAUUCAGCACCACUCGACCUUUGCCAGCGCCCUGGAGUCCCUGACUGAGUUUUCUGAAAGACACCAGAAAGUUACUCAUAGACCCAAAAAAGAUAACUGCAUAAAAGACAAUGGGCCCACUCUGGAAGCGUCCUGUUUGGAGGAUAGCGCUCUUACACGUGUGGCAGAAGCAAGCGAUCUAUCGCCAGAAAAAUCGAGAAAAGAAGAAGCAAAAGCGCAUGUCCAGGAGCCUCGGGAUCCCCAGGCGGCUGCUAAAAACCCACCAGCGCCACGUCACCGCGUGUCCAGAAGGGAGAAAAGUGGUCCAGUACUAAGAGAAGAGUCUGUUCAGACAGUGAAAACAGAAAAAAAUAUGAUUUCCAGAUCCUCAAGCCCAACUUUCGGAAAACAAAUAGAGCCAGUCAGCUGGCCUAUCUUUAAUUCUCUGAGACAGCAUUUCACUAGUAAAGUAAAGGAUUGCACACCUGCUCUCAAGGCAUCAGAGAACCAUGCCUCUGGUUUGUCCACCUCCAGAACAGAAAAUAAAGCUGCUUUGCCACUGACAGGUAAAUGUGUACCCUCAAAUGAAGCAGCAGACACGCCAUUCACAGCUUGCCCUCAGCCAGAAAUCAUGAUUUCAUCAAUGAAGGCUGACGUUACUCCUGCUAAGAGCCAUGGCAAACAGCUGUUGCACUCUGAGAAAGAAGACCUCCAUCCGAAUGGCGAAUCGUCUCCAGAGAGUGAAGAAGCCGAGUGCUCCAGUUCAGAAGACGCUGUUGAAGAAGAGGACUCCGAAUGUUUCACACCUGAACUUUUUGAUCCUGUCGAUACAGAUGAAGAAAACAUUGAACUAGUUGAAACUGAUAGAUCCAGUAAUAAUUCCGAUUGUUUUUCAGCUGAAGACCUUUUGGAAACUGUAGCUGUUCGGACAAAAGUGAAAGUCGAAAGUUUCACAGACACAAGGUUGAAUGGAGUCACAGCAGUGGAAGAGAACAAAGCUGACAACUUGUAUAAGUGAAUUAGAGCUGGGACAACUCAUGAAUAGACAUGAGGACCUGUAAGCAGUAGGGGGAGGGGCCCCGGUAUUAGGUAAUGCUGUCAGGCUUUUGUUAAGCCUUGUUGUGUAAAUAGUAAUUUGUACAUUGGGCAGAUGUUAGCAUUUUAAUUUUUCAGAUAUAGUUUUCAUUUUAAUUCAUCAGAUUUUAAACUUAUUUUAUGUUCAAAA